AUGUUUUUCGAACGAGAAAAAAUCAAAAACGGGCGAACCGAGAAGAACGAAGUGAUCGAUCUAACGAUUGGUGAUGAAGAUGUGGCAAAACCAUCUUGCAUCACCGAGGAUGAAAAAAUCAUUGAAACAGCUAGAUCGAUGGUUCCUGAAAUCUACGACGACAUGUUAAUG